CACGCGGCAUUAAUUUUCAUUUUUCGCGCAUCUAAUCGCUGCCUGGGAGCUGGGCAUCGCUGCGGCCUCAUCGGUGAUCAGUUCGCGCCCGCAGCCCGUCGCUGCGCGUCGCUCAACGCUCGCAUCCACCGCUGCGGCUCGCUGGAUAAAAUAAACAAAUAGAAAUCGAGGAGAGCGGCCGCUCAGUAGUAAAACCAUGGCCGAUUUCAAGGGCGACGACGAGGUCGCCGCAGCAGCGGACGCCGUCGCGGACGUGAAGCUAGAAGAAGAGAAAGCACCGGAGUUUCCGCAGUUCCCGUGGCUUCCGCCCGGCAAAAAACCGCUAGCCGACGGCGAGUACGACUGCAUCGUCAUGGGUACCGGAUUAAAAGAGUGCGUCCUGUCCGGCUUGCUAGCCACAGCGGGAAAAAAAGUGCUCCACGUGGACCGCAACUCGUACUACGGCGCCGACUCCGCCUCGCUGAACCUAAGCAACUUGUUUGCGAAGUUCAACAACGGCAAGCAGCCGGAACAGCGCAUCUUUGAUGUGCUAGGCCAGAACCGCGACUAUAAUGUUGAUCUGAUCCCGAAGUGCAUCAUGGCGUGUGGUAAAUUAGUAAAAAUGCUGAUACAUACGAAAGUAACAAGAUACUUGGAGUUUCGGUCGCUAGAUGCGUCCUACGUGUAUCGGAACGGCAAGAUUUAUAAAGUGCCGGCGACGAAGAUGGAGGUCGUCAGUAAUGGUUUACUAGGCUUGUUCGAGAAAAGGCGCAUGAUCAACUUCCUCAUGUAUUUGCAAUCUUAUGAUGAAAAAAAACCAGAAACACAUAAAGGAAGGGAUUUGACGCGGAUGACGAUGCGCCAGCUCUACGACGAGUACGGGCUCGAGAAGGGGACCAGGGAGUUUGUAGGGCAUGCCAUGGCUUUACAGUUGAACGACGACUACAUGGAUCAACCGGCUUUGUCGACGGUGAAGGCUAUUAUUAUGUACUGCUACUCGGUCGAUAGAUAUGGCAAGAGUCCUUAUGUUUAUCCGAUGUACGGGUUAGGAGGCCUGCCGGAAGGGUUUUCGCGGUUAUGUGCGAUUCACGGCGGCACGUUCAUGUUGAAUCGCUCAGUAGAUGAAGUAUUAUUUGAUAAUGAGGGCAAGGCCUGGGGCAUUCGCGGAGACGAUGAGAUUGCAAAGGCGAAGAUUUUUAUUGGAGAUCCCUCCUACUUCCAGCCUUAUCAGAAGUGUAGGGAGAUCGGCAAGGUUGUGCGGUCCAUCUGCUUUUUAAAUCAUCCGAUCCCCAAUACCAAUGACGUCGACAGUCUACAGAUCAUCAUCCCCUCGACGCAGCUGAAUCGGAAGAACGACAUAUAUGUCGUGCUCAUUUCCAAUUCGCACCAGGUGACAGCUGCAGGCAAGUACGUGGCCAUUUGUUCGACGGUCGUCGAGACGAGCGCACCGAUCAGUGCAUAAAUCAAAUUGUCGCGGCGCGCCUCGCCUAUGGUUGAAUUACGGCAUCGACGCGACGUCUGCUGGAUAUGCGUUUGAUUUGCACACAGGAACCGAUGCGUGAACUCGCGCCGGCGCUGGGGCUGCUCGGCACGAUCAUGACGCGCUUCGACGACGUCGUACCGCUUUACGAGCCCCUCGCCGACGGCCGCGCGGACCAGUGCAUAAAUCAAAUUGCAGCGGCGCGUCUUCGCAACUGCUACCACCAUGGCCUCCACGCCAUCGACGCGACUUCAGCACGACGGCGUGGCGGUGUGGUCCUCACGGAUCGAUUCAGCCACGGCCGCGUCGCCGAGAACUCACUGGUUGAUUUGUGCACAGGAGCGGACAACUGCUACAUCUCCAAGAGCUUCGACGCGACGUCGCACUUCGAGACGACGUCGCUCGACGUGAUCGACAUGUACGAGCGCAUCACGGGCGAGAAAUUAGAUCUGGACAAGAUGGCCGACUCGGCGCCGGACGAGGACGGGUACUAGAGGGGGCCACAUGUAUAAA